AUGGCCGGGUACCGGCGCACCAUCUCGUUCCCUACCCCGAAGGCGGCAGCCGCCGCCAACGGCAAGCUCGCGGCGGCCUACCGCGUCCGCUCCGCCAGCCUCCCCUGCCGCUUCCACCCGCUCGUGCUACAGCUCGACGACGACGUCGCCGCGCUGCGCCUCGUGCUCGGCGCGUCCUGCUCGGCGUCCUCCGUCUCCGCGGCCGCCUCGCACAUCGGCCGGGUACUGGCCUCGCUCUCGGACCUGCUCCACCACCCGCAGGCGCAGGAGCCGCUGCGCCGCCUCGGCAUGUCCCCGCUCGCCGAGCGCCUGCUCGACGACUUCCUCCGCCUCGCCGACGCGCACGGCAGCUUCCGCCAGGCGCUCGUCGCGCUCGCGGCGCUCCAGGCCGAGACGCGCGCCGCGCUGCGCCGCGGCGACCCCGGGCGGCUGGCGUCCGCGGCUCGCGCGCAGCGCCGCGCCGGACGCGACCUCCCCCGCCUCGCGGCCGCCGCCCGCGCCGUGGCCACCAAGACUCCCACGCCGCUCCCCGAGGAUCUCCAGCCCGAGACCGCGGCCCUCGGCGCGGCGAUCGCCGACUCGACCGUCGCCGUGGCGUCCGCCUCCGCGGCCGUCUUCUCCGGCGUCUCCUCCCUCUCCAACGCAGCCGCCGUCGCCCGCGUCGAGGUCGCCUCCACGCCGUGCUGGAUCACCGCGCCCUCAAGAUUCUCAUCCGCAUCCGCAUCAGACGCGCCAAGAACCAGCCACCAGCGCGUAUGGUGGGUGGCGGACCUCGUGCGCUGGAUGUCGCGCGCGAAGCGCCGGUCGGCCGGGAAACAGAGCAUCACCAACGACGACGACGCGUCCACUUCCUCUACGGUGCAGCUCCGGCCCGAGGCGCGGAUGAAGCCGGAGGAGCGGGCGCGGAAGGCCGCAUUCGAGCUCCACGACAACCUGGAGCGGUGCAUCGCCAGCGUCGACGGCAGCGGCGAGAAGGUGUUCCGGGCGCUGAUCAACACCAGAGUCUCCCUGCUCAACAUCCUCAGCCCAACCUUCUGA